AUGAAUUGCCGGGGCCUCAAUAUUCCGGAGCGCAGGUCACAGCUCAUACGGGAUCUAUCCUCUAGACACAUAUCCGUUGCCUUCCUCCAGGAAACACAUUUUAAGGAAGGAAAUGCCCCGCUGCUGAAAGGCAAAAACUACCCCAACGCGCUCUGUAGCAACCACCCGACCGCCCGCAAGGCGGGGGUGGCGAUCCUCCUCCAUGCUAAGCUACAGUUCCAAGAAACUGACCGAAUGUCCGACCCUAAUGGCAGAUAUAUAUUCCUCAAAGGAGAUAUACAAGACCGUAGGUAUACAUUCGCGACGAUCUAUGUGCCGAAUAAUAAUCAAUCGCACUAUAUCCGCAAAACCCUUCUCAGACUUUCCUCAUUCACGGAGGGCACACUGAUCUUAGGUGGAGACCUUAACGUACCCCUCAUCCCCCUAACGGACUCAUCCACUGGACACAGCAGCGUUGCCCAGGGAGCCCUCCGCAGCAUACAGAAGUCACUUAAGAACCUUCGACUAGUAGACUGCUGGCGCGCGAUGCACCCAGCGGACAGGGAAUACACCCAUUACUCCAGGAUACAUAGGCGAUAUGCGAGAAUUGACUAUAUCUUCCUCCAACAAGAGCAACUUAACGCAAUCCAGAGAGUUGAAAUUGGACCUGCAAGCUGGUCGGACCACGGACCGGUGACUCUACAAAUGGACUCUCCUCGGAUACGCCCAUCCACCUGGACGUGGAGGCUCCGAGACUCUCUACUCUUAGACCCAGCGGUGAGGGAACGGGUCACUGAGGAACUCACGUCUUACUUCACACUAAAUGCAACGGAUGAACUACCGGCGACAACAGUAUGGGAAGCCCACAAAUGUGUACUCAGGGGCACACUAAUGCACUUAGCCUCUAAAAAGAAAAAAGAAUCCCAAAGACAGAUGCAGGAUCUCUUGACACGCAUAAAUACCCUUGAAAUGCAACACAAACGCUCCCUACUUGAAGAGACCUAUAAGGAAUUACUGGAAGCCCGAAGAUCACUGCAAGCACACAUAACGGCCCGACACUAUAGCUCUUUACAGCGCUCGCGG